ACUCUGGGAACACUUACGCAACAGUCUGGUUCUCCUUCCUGGCAGGAGGAGACGAACGAUGUCUGGCUAUAGGGUCAUGAACUUGACGGCUGAUUGCCAGGAGGUUUCUAAUCUGCUGGAAGAUUGUAAGACUCACACUCCUCAUCUGAAGAUUCAAGAAAAGUGGAGACCAAACCCUUCAAGUAAGAAGAGAAGAAACUGGAAUCCCUUAUGCGAAUGGAUAACCAGUUCCCUCCCAGGAAAGCGCACGUGUCUGAGCCUCACAAUGGUAGCCAUGGUGAACAGCACAGAUGCUCAUGGUUUGGCCAACACCACCACAGAGGAACACCUGGAUCACAAUAAGAACCCCGUGUAUAACUGGAACCCCCAAAUUCAGGGCUUCAUCUUCAGUUCCAUCUUCUAUGGUGCACUCAUCACCCAAAUUCCUGCUGGAUACUUGUCUGAAAAAUACUCCAUCAAGAAAAUGAUUGGCUUUGCAUUCCUCCUCAGCUCUCUGCUUAGCCUGUUAAUGCCGAUGGCAGCUGAAGGUGGAGAAGCUUUCCUCCUGGCAUGCCGGGUAGCCCAGGGAGCAGCCCAGGGGUCGAUAUCCAUAGCUCAGCAUGUCGUGUGGGUCAAGUGGGCUCCUCCCUUGGAACGAGGCCGACUUACCUCCCUGAGUCUAUCAGGAAUUCUGCUGGGGUCCUUCGUUGUUCUGCUUGUGACUGGAUUCAUCUGCCAAUCCCUGGGCUGGCCCAUGGCCUUCUACAUUUUUGGUGCUUGUGGCUGUGCCCUAAGUCUUCUCUGGUUUGUUCUGUUCUAUGACGACCCAAAGGACCACCCAUGUAUAAGCAUCAGUGAGAAGGAAUACAUCUUGUCCUCCCUCAGCCAGCAGGUCAGCUCAAGGACACAGUCUCUGCCAAUCAAAGCUAUGAUUAAGUCUCUCCCAGUCUGGGCCAUUGCUUUAGGUUCCUUUGCUUUUCACUGGACAAAUAACAUCAUGGUUUUCUACACUCCAACAUUUAUCAACUCCAAGCUUCGUGUGAAUAUAAAAGAAAACGGGCUGCUGUCAGCCCUCCCCUCUUUGUUUGCCUGGAGCUUUGGUAUCCUAGCAGGUCACCUGACAGACUUCUUCCUGUCCAGGAAUAUUCUCCGCUUAGUUACCAUCCGGAAACUCUUCAACACACUAGGACUUCUCCUGCCUCCCUUCUUCAGCGUGUGCCUGCUCUACUGGAGUUUCAGCUUCUCUAGCAUUACCGUCUUCCUGAUACUUGCCAGUUCAACAGGAGCCUUCUGCAUGGGCGGAGUACUCAUAAAUGGCUUGGAUAUUGCUCCCAGCUAUUAUGGAUUUCUUAAAGGAAUUACAACUUUAAUUGGGAUGAUAGGAGGACUAACUUCUUCUACUCUGUGCGGCGUGAUCCUUAAUCAGGAUCCAGAAUCUGCCUGGUUUAAAAUUUUCUUCCUGAUGGCAGUCAUUAACGUGAUAUGCCUACUUUUUUGUCUCGUAUUUGGAAAAGCAGAAAUUCAGGACUGGGCUAAAGAUAGACAAGAACACACACGCCUCUGAAGGAUUAUCUCAGCGAAUACAGAAAUAAGAAUUGGUCUUGGUAGAAUAGCCUCAGUUUGCAAACUCCAGGGAAUGAAGGGAUCUAGGAUUUGCGAGUCAACAGCCGUUAACGUCACAGAGAGAGAUUCCGACAUACUGUGUACAUCCUGAGGAGAGAACUGCCACCACCGAGGUCUUUCUGUGAACACCAACUGGGGACAAUCAAGCCUGUAAAGACAGCUACCGUUGUGUAAGAAAUACACCACGGAAUGCAGGAGGACAUGAACUAAAUCCUAGGGACAAGGGGGCGCGUGCGUGCCUCAGAGGGUUAAGCACCUGCCUUCACGUCAGGAAGUGAUCUCAAAUUCUGCGUGUGCGCCGGUUCCAGACGCUCUGGCACAGACGUUCACCUCUGAAUUCUACCUUUCUGAGUCAUUUCACGUAAUACAUGUUUCUUACAAAUAUUUCACCCACUCUGAGAGCUGCCUCUUUUGCAGGGUUUCAGCCAACCGCUUAAACUUUUGUUACCCUUACAGACUGCCUUUUCUGUCAUGUGAUUUUCUGUCCCCUUCAAGCAGUGUCCUCCGUAUCUCUGCGGUCCUCCCACGCCUGCCCCCUGGCCAGCCGCUAGUAACUCCGGUCUGUGGUAUAUUUGAAAUGCUGGUUGUGUUUCCAGGCUCAGGUGAAAUCUUUGAAAAUGCCUCCAUGUUUCAUCAGCAGGCACUGGUGAACACGCCGGGCUUUUCUAGUAACUUCUCUCCCGCGGGACUGCGUUGGCCUCACUUUGUAAUUUCCCACACAGCCCCCCGGGGGCAAUUUCCUGUCUCUUGCUUACCUUGGUGGCCUUUCAGGGAGCGGGGGUCUCUCGGGAGGCGUCUCCCUUGGCCUCCCGCUCUGAGUCUGGGUGCACUGAGAGGAGAAUGGAAGGUUUCUUCGACAACCUGCGUGUUUAACAGUUUGCAGCAUCGGCGGUGGGGCCCGGGCCCAGGCGGACACGUUGUUCCGGUGGGUCUACCUCAGCCGCGCGUCUUGAUUGGAGAAGCUGCGGGGCAAACCGGAAAGGGCGGGGUCUUAGUCACGUGCCCCCCCCCCCCCCCCCACCAGCCCAGAGCGCAUGCGGCCAAAGGGCCUGGGCCGCUGAAUGGCAGGCGUCCAGGGGGUGUCCCGUGCGCGCUGACUAAGCCCCGCAAACCUCGCUGGACCCGAGUCCCUCUCCAGCUAACACCCCAGGAAGGAGCUGAGCUCAGGAGUCCGGCAGGCAGCUGUGAGUUGACUGUCACCUUCUCUUUGGGUCCUUCUCUCGAAAUUAGCAAAUAGCCCUUGUAGGUUCUGGCGGGAGGUGGCUCUCUGGUUUUCCUUGUUUCCUCUGUUGAAGUUGCCUUUUUAGGGGGUUGGGGAAUGUGCACCGUUGAAGACAGCACAGAACUUUAGAUACUGUGGGUACUGCGGGGUGAGCCUUGUCAGUGAGGCUCUCCCGCAGUCUACAUAACAAAAAACUGGGCUAGAGAGUUUGCCCAUGAAAAGGCAGAGUUCUGUGCGCCUGGAAUCUUCUAAAGUUUCGCAUGUUAUGUGUUGUCGAUACGCACGGAUUUUAUUGGACCGGUAGAUUGCGAUGAACAUAUUGGGGUCUGUAAACAGAAGUAGGAGGUACAGUUCUGCAGCUGUCUCUGAAGCCGGGGACAAAGUGAAGCCACUGGAGGGACAGAAAAGGCUCCCCUCGCCAGGGCACUCAUGGGUGAACUCGGUCCUGUGGCUUCUCCCUCUGACACUGUCAGCCACCUGGCGUGUUGCCCAGCAGGAUACCAAGGACAGUUGGCAGAGUUUAAGCUCCUACAAGCUUUUUGCUUUGACUUUUCUUUCCUUUUUUUUUUUUUUUUUUUUUUUUAAUCCCAGUAGAGUUAGCAUCGAGGUUGUAUUAGUUUCAGGUGUACAAAGAGUGGUUGCAGACUUCUCUGUAUUACUCCCACAAGCUUUGGAAAUCGCUGUGUCAGCCAAUUAGGGCAGCACCCCCCUCCUUGCCACCAUCCAGGAGUCUGAGCUUACACAGAGGGGAAAGCAGGGAAAGAAGAGUUCCUGGGGAUUCAUGGUUUCUUUACCGUCUUUACUUCAUCUACAGAUGUUUAGUGGACAGCUGAAGUAGGGAUUUGGAUUUGUUUCCCAAGCCAGUGAGUUUUAACCACGUCAUUUUUUAAAAAAUACUUCACAUUUGUUCUUCUGACUUAAAAUACCAACUUUUGGUAAAAUAAACUUCUAUGUAUUUAUAUAUAUUUAUAUGUUUUGGGGUUUAAUAUAUAGUUUAAGAUCUGUUGCUCCUGGGACCUGUUGUGUAAUAUAUUGAUGGGUCUAAAUUUUUAAUAUAGGUAAAUACCAGACCAAUCAAACAUUUUUCAUUUGUAUUUUUGAAGAUGAUACUGUGUAAUAUCGGCUGUUUAUUCUCCUGGGAAAGUUUAUAAUCAUUGGGCCAUUUUAAUAAAGAUUGAACUGCAGUAUUUAAAUGGCACCAAAUUGCAAUUUAUUUGCAUUAGAGUGCACUAAAUCUGUUUGGGAGAAACUAAGUUCCCUGUACCCAGCACAUUCUCCCUUAAGAGUGCAUAGCGAGAGCCCCCCGCCCCAUGAUGAAUAUGGGUUCAGUUUUUGAGUCCAGUGCUGCACUUUGCUACCUGUACUUAGU